CAAGAGCUACAAAAUAUAAUAAUAAUAUAUAUAUAUAUAUAUAUAUAUAUAUAUAUAUAUAUGUUUUUUUUUCCUUCUCUUCCUGCUUAGGACUUUAAGUAAUUAUAUAUAUAAUUAUAUUUUUAUAUAUAUUAUAUAUACUCUAAAGUUGGAAGCUUUUUAUUCUUAUGUAUGAUGGUUGUGUUGUGUGAGUUCUCAAGGGAAGCAAAGUCCUAUCUUUCACACCUUUCAGUCUCAACCGUGGGAAGAAGAAUCUAGGGUUUAACAGCACCACCCCAAGUCCAUCAAGGUCUGUGCUUUGGUGCUUCUUUUUUUUUUUUUGUUUUGUUUUGUUUUUUCUUUCUCACUGGGAAAUUGGGUCGAUUUUUUUUUUUUGUCGGAAGGAGGAUAUGCUGCAACUUGUGAGGUACCCUCAGUUUGUUCUGAUUCCAAGGUUGUUCCUUGUUGCCAAAAAACAUUGCUUUUUUUCUUCAUGAGUUGGAAUUUUGAGACUUUAACCUGAAAUUCUGUUUUUGUGGCUCCUUGUCUGGUGAAAAAAUGGGAUUUUUUUUCAUCUGGGUCGUUUUAUCUGCCACAUAGGGCUGAAUGUCUGAUAUGUUUGUGGAUAAGUGGGGUGAUUUUUUAGUAUUCUGGUGUUUUACUUGUUUGGUUUAGUUCUGCCCCUUGUUUGGGGACUUAGUUUUUUUUUUAUUAAUUUUUUUUAGAGGCUAAUAUGGAAGAGGUUGAGCAAGCUAAUAGAGUAGCUGUUGAAAGCUGUCAUAGGGUUCUGAGUUUGUUGUCUCAACCAAGGGAUCAGGUUCAGCAUAGGAAUUUAAUGGUGGAAACUGGGGAAGCUGUGGUGAGGUUCAAGAAAGUUGUUUCCUUGCUUCACAGUGGUAUGGGUCAUGCAAGAGUGAGGAAGGUUAAAAACCCUCAAAUCCCCUUUUCCCACCAAAGCAUCUUCUUAGACAACCCCAAUUGCAAAACCAUCAACAACCAUCACUUCAAAAAUCUGCAGUUUCCCCAAACCAGCUUCCCUGACAAUUCAAUUCAGGAACUUGGUUCAACCAUUAAGAAUUCACUCUCUCUUGGACAACCCUCUUUGGAAUUGAGCUCCAAUGGGAAAAGUCCUCUUCACCUCACACAGCAGGCUUCAUCAAAUCACUAUCACUUCUUUCAGCAGCAGCAACAACAGCAACAGCAAAGGCUGUUGCUGCAGCAGCAGCAACAACAACAACAACAAAUGAAGCAUCAAGCAGAAAUGAUGUUCCGAAGGAACAACAGUGGCAUAAACCUGAAUUUUGACAGUACUAGCUGCACACCAACAAUGUCAUCCACUAGGUCUUUUAUCUCUUCCUUGAGCAUAGAUGGAAGUGUGGCUAACUUGGAUGGAAGUGCCUUCCAUUUAAUCGGAGCUCCACACUCUUCUGAUCAGAAUUCCCAGCAGCACAAGAGAAAGUGUUCUGCCAGAGGUGAUGAGGGAAGCUUGAAAUGUGGGAGCAGUGCUAGAUGCCAUUGCUCUAAGAAGAGGAAACAUAGAGUGAAGAGGGCAAUUAAGGUGCCCGCUAUCAGCAACAAACUUGCAGAUAUCCCUCCUGAUGAUUAUUCGUGGAGGAAGUAUGGGCAGAAGCCAAUCAAGGGCUCUCCUCACCCUAGGGGAUAUUAUAAGUGCAGCAGCAUGAGAGGGUGUCCUGCAAGGAAGCAUGUUGAGAGGUGCUUGGAAGAGCCUACCAUGCUAAUUGUUACCUAUGAAGGCGAACAUAACCACCCCAAGUUACCAACACAAUCUGCAAAUGCAUGAACUAUGUGGAGAGCUUAACCAGAUCAAGCCCAUCAUUCAAUUUGUCAAAACCUCUCUGUGAUUGGCUUGAGAUGCUGCUGUACAUAUUUUAAGUGAUGCAAACAAGCAGGGAUGAUGGAUAUUGUUGGCGCAGAUUUUGUCUUUUGGAUAGUUUGGCUAACCAGCCGUUUUAUUUAGAGGGUGAGGAUGAGGAUCACUGAUUAAAUGAACAAAGUCUGUAAAAUUAGCUAGUUUCAAUUCGUAAGAACUAUUUCAUCUUUCUUAAGCCUGUUAUAAACAUCUCAAGGUUUUCUAAAUGAAUGAAAAUGCCUUUGAAAAAUGGUAA